AUGGCGUCGCUGCUGUCCAAGUUCCGCAUCGACUACUCGGCGCUGAAGAUGGUGUCGGACGUGAACCGGCGGCCGCGGGACUCGACGCUGGCCUACUUCGACGCGCUCAUCGCGCCCUUCCUGGCGGCGGACGGCGAGCGAGGCGGCGUGACGGCGGCGGAGCUGGCGGCGGCGCGGUCGCGCACGCACCGGCACCUGCGCGUGCGCGAGCUCAUCGGCGAGCUGUCGGGCGGCGCGCGGCUGGUGUGCGUCACGCAGCCGAUGCCGCGGCGGCGCGCCGUGCUGCCGCCCGCGCUCUACGCCGCCUGGCUGCACGCGCUGGCCUCGGCCGCCGAGCGCGUGCUGCUCGUGCGCGGCAACCACGCCGCCGUGCUCACCUUCUACUCG